GCAGCGUGCAGAGCGCGGAAAUCAUAAAUUUUUAGGUGUUUUGGAAUAAGUUGCGCUAUUUUUCGUUUAAUCAAUUAAAAGUUGUACCAUUGUGCAUUCUUUUAGAAAAUGCUUCAGAUACGAGCAUUAAACGAUCCAGAGGAUAGUAACAGUGACACCGAAGAAGAGCCGAAUGUAACCGGCGAAGCUGAGGAAACGAUUCUUAUUUCAGAAUACAUGCGAGCAUUGAAUUUGAAAAAUUCAAACGACACUGAAAAUUCUCUUUCGUUAUUCUUAGAGUUGUUGGAAACAGAAGUGUUGAACAAGGUUGUUUCAAACAAUGACGACAAUAAGCUAUUUCUGGUGAAAUACAACUGCUAUCGCAAUGUUGGAUUUCUCUAUCAAGAAAUCGGAAACAACGAUUUAGCUCUGCAGUAUCUGAUAGACGCCGUGGAACUGGACGGAACCGAUGUCUAUACGAUGUUCUACCUUGCCAAAUUAGCUUUAGAACAUCGACAAAUUGAGAUUGCAAAGAUUUAUUUUGAGAAAUGUAUCGAACGAAACCCCAACCACUGGCCCAGCCUAGACGGAAUGUUACAGGUUUUUUGUUUGACUGGAAAUAUUAUUGAAGCAUUUUUAUGGGCUAUUAUGUGUCACGGUAAAGACCACAAGUAUCGAAGGGCCGCUAAUGUGCUGAUGGAAAUAAAAGAAAGAUUCGCAUCGUCCCUACCAUUUCUAGAAGAGCUGUCGGGUACAAAAGUUCCAACUUUUGAAAACCACGUACUUCCAGAACAAACGUGCUUUCCCGCCGAUACUUUCAAAACUGUCCCGGAAGAAAUACCACCUUUUGAUUACGAACAGUUUAAAUUUGACCAGUUAUCGUGGCUUGCUGUCGGUGAGUUAAUAAUCCAAUUGCACAACUACGAAAAAGCACAAAAUAGGGUUACUUUGUACGCACAUAGGCUACAGUGUUUCUAUGAUCCUUCCAAUAAAACUCCUAACACCCCAGAACGAAUGGAAAGCUCCGGCGGUGAUGAACCUGUAAUCGAUCUAAACGAAUCGAUUAAUGUGGAAGAAAACGAUAUUAAAGGUCGUCGCCGUGGUAGCGAGUUGAAAAUUCUCGAACAGUGGGGCUGGCAUAAAAAUCGCCGUUCAACGCGCAAAAAAAGUUUAUUAGAUGCAGCGGAUGCAGUAGAGUCGACAGCUGAUGGGUUCAUUCGACGAGUAUUUGGCCAGUACUUAAGUAGUUGCAUAGAAGAUGACACUUCUCCAUUCUCCGGCAAAAAAUAUAACAUCGAUAAAAGCAACCCUGCUCAAAGUCACCUACAGAACUUAACUCUGGAAGAUUUCGAAACAAUCAGCAGAAACAGUUUUUGCAAGUUAACAUCGGCUUUACAGGUUGCCGACUUCGACAAUUUCAAACUUGGAUACCUAUAUCUGUCCUAUUUGUCAAUGUAUUGGAACGAAAAACUGCCGGUAGAGUUGCGAGAACUUUUCCAGCAAAUUUAUGAAACGACGUUCACAACCUACGGCCCAGAAACAUGGAACCAACUGGAAAUGAGCGAGAUUACCGAAGAAUGUCGCGUCACACUUCUGUAUCUGGAGCUAAAGCUUGACAACAUGAUCACUAACGAUAAAGUGGAAAUUUCAAAAAAAUCCCAUGAGCUGCUCAGUGGUUUGCAAUUUUACUUACCAAAUGUCGCUGAAAGUGACCUCUUCCUUUUUCAAACACGCCAUCUCUGGUUACAGCAUAUUGUUACCCUUCAAGAAAACAAUAUUAACCUAGCUCUGCAACAUCUUGAAAAGCUUGAAGCUUUGCUGGAAAACGCUCCAGACAUUACGUGCAUUCGGUUACCCAAUCAAAAAAAUAAUCACAUGUAUGAUUUACAAAUUGUAAAGGAAAAAAGUGCUCUGCUAUGGCGCAGAAUAAAGCUAAGCAGUAUAAAGCAAUUGUACGAGAACAAAAAAUAUGAAGAACUGAUUGUCAUUUUGCGAGAAAGUUUAUCCGCUGAAGAAAAAUAUGAACAAAUUUUUGACCAAAAGUGUGCCAAUUCUAUACAGCAGAUAAAAAUAAUGUUGGAAUGUCUAUGGAAUACUGAACAGUAUACGGAAUGUUUAAUUUGGACUGAAAAGGCGCUUAAAUUUUCUAUAGAUAUGAAACAUUUAUUUCCAAACUAUCGGCACUUUUCAUGGUGUGACUCCAUAAACUAUUGCUUAAUCUACAUACAUUCGCUAUUGGACUUGGAAGCCGUCGAAAUUUUGAAAUUUGACAAACUUUCGCGGCUUAUACAGUCGAUUCAUAAAGUACUUACUUUCAUGUUGGACGCUCCUUCGGAUAAGAAUGUUUCCUCUGUAACCAACAUCGAUUGUUGGAAAGCGUGGGCUGUUCUAUACUACAUCAUUGAGAGGCGCGAUAAACAGAAGCUGGAGCUCGAACCAGAAAAUCUUUCGAAUAAUUUGAUGAUAUUUUUCGUAGCUCACGAGCUGCUUGGAAAAAAAUCCUGGUGUUCCAGAAACGACAGCCGCUUUUUGUACAUGAUAUUAGAUGAAGUCAUUCCGAAAUUGCGAUCUCCAUUGUAUGAACCGUAUCGUGAAUCCAUCAAAGAAGGACUAGAGCAAACGAUAUACUGUCUGUAUGGAUAUCCAACUAAAAAAGGUAGAAUGCGACACAUUCAGGAGCACGAUGCAGUAAAUCAACAGCUUACCUGGGAAAGAGCAAUACAGCUAUUUGAUGUGAUUCGUCCUGAUAUAUUACCAGAAUUUAAUUCUUACAAAAUCGACUCGAUAUCUGCUGACAUGGAAGCGCUUUUUCAGAAUAUGUUAAUACUUAUGCCAGAAAGUUGUGAUAUUUCCAAUUACACGAACCCAAUAAUGCGUUUCAUAAACGGUGAACAAUCUACGUUAAUUCCAAAAGCCGUUAAUAUUUUGAACUUCAAAAUACGUCCCAUUUACUAUUUGCUGGCAGACUAUUACUUUAAAAGUAGAGAUUUUGGAAAAGCUAUUCACUAUUAUGUUAUGGACUUGACGAUCGAGUCAACCCGUUUCGAUUCCUGGGCGGGUGUAGCAUUAUCAAAAGCGAGCAAAUGUGAAACCACCUUGAACUCAACUGAAAUUUUCAGCGCCAAUGAAUUUCUAUACGAAGCAAACAACUCCAUGAAAUGCUUUGAACAAUGUCUGAUGAUCAAUGAAAAUGAUCCACAAUUAUGGGUGGAGUAUGGAUCCUUCGUAUAUAAUGUGCAUUCUUUUUGUGCACGAUUUUUGAACUGUCCUAACAAAUCGGAGAAUGACAGAGUUAAAAAGUACCAAAAGUUAUACGUAUUACGAACACUAAAAGUAGUACGGUGCGGUUAUUAAAAAUUAGUACGGUUAGUAAACAAGAACAUAAAACGUGUAAAAGCACAUGUUAAAACUUAAAUGUAAUUAUUGUUAUAGAUUAAGAAAUUGUUAAAAGAACAUAAACAGUGUGAACAGAACUAAACAAAAAAGCAACAAAGAAAAGGUAAAUAACUGAACAACAAAAACAGUAGAUUUGUAAACCACGUGGAUUAUGUAAACUUUGUUAUGUCACUGGUACUAUAACCCUUCUUGGCAGGUCCAAGAGGGCCUUUUCUUAUUUUGUCGGCUAAUUAUACAGGUUAACUGUGACUACGAGCACACGGCGAUAUCUCGCUAACCAGGCAGAAGGAAAAACAAAACCUUGUUCGACAUAAACAAGGUUAUGUUCUGAGGACCAUCCGAUGGUAAAAGGCCCGCUACAUAACCUCGUUCGACCAAUUUGAGGUUUGUUCGAAGAACCAUCCGGUGGUGAAAGGCCCGCACCAUAACCUUGCCCGUCAAUUUUGAGGUUACCGGCGAGGACCUUUCGGCAGCACCAGUCAGGGGUCACACACAGCCAGCAUCGGGCUCUUCCGGGACGCCGGAAAGACGCCUGUUGUGAACCCUGAACCAACGUCGGAAACCACCACACGCAUGUGGUUAACCGUUGCUGUUCACCGAGCCAGCCGCCUGUCGCCGUUCCAGCUAAGUUCCGUGAAAAACUAAAACUAACCGCAAGUAUGCCUAAAUCUAUGUGACGUCACAACAGGAAAAUUAUGUAAAAAUAAACCCUCUCACAUUAUGUAAAAUUUAAACUAAAGGCAGUACUUUACUGGGAAUAUUUAGUUAAUCUACACCUUUUCGAUUAAUUUGAUUCCGUUGUUCUAUUUCCGUUUCCAUCUUUCACUCGAGCGAAUUUCCAGUCAAAAUUACAUGUUCUGUUUUGUCCGCGUUUUGAGUAGCAUAAUUACUGGACCUGGGUGCUAGCAUGAGAGGUAAUCACCCGUGCACGCUCCUGGUCGUCUGAUUCCAGUUGGAUUUCUCUAGUGCGAGUUCCGCCGAAGGAAAGUGUCACGUUGCAACACACCGACCCUGAGUUCCCCCCUAUGUUUACAUUCCAAAAUUUCCCACCCACUGAGCUUCUCCGUGUUAUAAUUGGCGCCCGCUUAAAAAGUAACUACGUUGCAUUUUCCUAAAAUCCCGGAGGGAAGGAUAGAAGCAGUUCCUGCUGAACUAUUAGAUCGUUCUCUAAACGAUCGCUGGAUGUUUGAAUGCUGAAAUUUUGCUGAACCAAACUUUACAUAAGUGCAUAUUUGAAACGAGAAAUUUGUUCAAUCUUCGACAUCGUUUGCGUUGUGAAAACUAAGAAGUUUUCCCCAUUACCACCCACAACUUGUAUUUUGUGUCGGUUUUAAGAGUUGGAAAGCACAGCAGCUUUCUCAGUGCUUCCCCUCAACCGCAGUAUCAACCCGACUUAUUGACAUUUGCUUUACUUUUUAGGAACAUUUAAAAUUAUAAAGAUGGAAUUGGAAAUUCAAAAUCUAUACCAAAACAUGAUGGUACACCAUUUGGAUAGAGAAGAAAUUGUUUAUGAGUUAACCAUCCGAGCUGUUGAAGUUGCUGAUAGAGAUUCUAAAGCAGCUUUAAUGAGACGACUCAAAGACCGUCUCAAGACCGAGAAAAAUGAACCCAAUCCAGAUAUUGACUUUUCGCGUUGUCAGACAUCUAUCGACCAAGAGAUUAGGCUGAUUGAUAGGGAAGUAAAGUACAUCGUUGACGUCUUAGAAAACAGAAUACCGUUCGAUGGAAUUCGUGAUACCCUCCGAACUAGACUAGCACACUUUUAUGUGCGAUGCACUAGGGUACUAGAGGUAGCAGAAGCUGAUGCUGACUUGAAAGACUUAGACAAACUUCAGGCUGCAAUUCGAGGACAUCUACAUACUUUCUUUUC